CUGUUUGUCGCUGUGGAACAGGAAGUGGUGACCAUCGUGGUGUUCGGCGUGGAGUACAUGGUGAGGAUCUGGGCCGCCGGCUGCUGCUGUCGCUACCGAGGCUGGAGGGGAAGACUCAAGUUCGCCAGGAAACCCUUCUGUGUCAUCGACAUCAUGGUGCUGAUAGCGUCCAUCUCAGUGCUGGCUGCAGGGACUCAGGGAAACGUCUUCGCCACCUCAGCCAUCAGGUCUCUCCGCUUCCUCCAGAUCCUGAGGAUGAUCCGCAUGGACCGGCGGGGGGGGACCUGGAAGCUGCUGGGCUCGGUCGUCUACGCCCACAGCAAG